UAGCCAUGGGGGACGUGGCGUUGGCAACUCGCACGAUUCUAGAAUAUCUAAUUGUUCGCCUUCAGUACGCAAAGGAAGAACAGUCAGAAGAAUGUUCCACAUUAGAAGGGAUACUUGUGGUUUCGGUGGACAUUGAAGAUUCUUUCCAGCGUGUGCAUCAUUCCCACUGUACUACUACUAUUUCAGCAAAAGGUGACUUCUGCUACAAACUUCUGAGUGAUCAGAUGUGUAGAGACAGGACCACCUACCUCCCCUCCCUUGACCCAUACAAUCCUGACCACCACCUACAGAACUGUAACUUGGGAUGCUUCAGAAAUGAAAGAUUUGCUGCCUUUAUGCCAGAGCAAAGCCUUGAGUGGAAGGGGUGUCCCCAUGAAUGUAUAGACAACAUGCCUUUUCAACUCUCCUUUGAGCUUGAUGAGAAAUCUGGAGCUAUCGAGGAGGACUGUUUGGCAUUGAAGCAAUUCAUCCACCGGAUCAGCCUUACGCACACAACAGUAAAAUUUCAUUAUUGUGUAAAAGUGAACGGCUCAAUCUCUGCUAAGACCUAUAACACAGAGAGGGGAGCUGCCACAUGUUUGCCAGGUGGGACAAGACUACUGAGUGAAGGGAAUCAUUUUGUGAGGUCAGCAGCCAGGGAUGUGCCUUCAUCUUGUGACAAAAUCCACCCCAUGACUGGUGAGCCAAUUACCCUCUUAAUUCCAGAUGAGGUAGCUGAAAGAGGCUUCAGUGGAGAACUAAGGCUCAUGCCUGUUGUCUCCCUGUGUCCCUGCCAGAAACCAUACCCUAACAAGCCAGCACAAAUAGCAGCUGUCUCUAUCUUUCUUUAUGACUCAGCAGGUCUGCCUGUAUUGUUCUCCACAAAGGAAGCAUCAUGUUCUUUUUUUAAAGAUCCUUCAUGUCUAAUAGCAUGGGAAAAAUAUGGCUAUCAGGCAACACUGAAUUCAGAUCCCCAUUGGGAAGAAGAUACUGCAAAACCUGAUGUCAGAUACAAGCUUCAUACCAGCCACCAACAGGACUCAGAUGCUCAGGAACAAACACUGCUGCUCUUCCUCUUUCUCAGCUACUCAGAUCAGUUUAAUGACAAGACAGUCUAUAAUUUUGGGGACUGGCAAAUGAUCCUAUCACAUCUCUCUCCUAUCCUGUUAUGCAGCAAGCAAGCUGUGAAAGGCUGCAUCCAAGGAGUGGUCAGUAGGAUCCUGGAGCAGCAUUACAAAGUGUCCCAGGAACAGCAGAAACUGGCGCAGUCUUUGCCCAUCAUGGCAGAUGCCAUUUCAAGUAUAGUUUCAAGCAGCACUGACAGUGAGUUCAGAAGGAAAUGCCUCCAGUCUUUGCAGGUUGCAGAUACCCAGAAGUUCCAAGUGACCAUCAAAGAUACCUUCAACAAAGUCAUUCUUAAACAGUGGAAAUGUAGCAGUGCAUGUGACGCCAGAAGGCCAUUGCCUAAAAACGAUGAGGCAGGAGUAGGGCUGCUCAGUGCAGACCUUCCUUUGCCCACCAUUCACCAGAAGUUAUUGGGCUCGAACUUCAGUUCUGCACAGCUGGAGCAAGGAGAAAAAGGACUUCCGCUUGUUAAUUCAGACUGUGGUGGAAUGAGCCAAAAAGGAAGCAGGGAGAUCCAUGUGGAGGAUUCGCGAGACCCACAUGUCACUGAGGUGGCUAAAAGCAAGGAAAAGAACAAGAGUCUGUUAGUAGAACCAGGCACCUCUUCAAGCUCUUUCCUCUCACAUCCAACUAAAAUUGGGUGUGGUGCUCUCCAAGAUAAAAGCCAGGUGGUGUCUGCAGGUCCUUCAGUGAAGAAAAUCCGAAGCAAUGAAAAUCUAUGGCAGGAUGAUCACUUUUGGAAACAAGAAGUCUCAAACUUGGCCAAGUGGACAUCCUGAAAUGGUUGCAGCCUGAGGACAUUGUAUUUCUGCAUUCUGGAAUUUCUGUACAGGCCAAUAAAAGGGGGGAAAUCAU